CACCCUCAAUAGUGGCUGCAGAUAAAAGUUUUGAAAAUUCGGCGACAAGCUACUGGAAAAGUGCUAUUUUUUAUAUUUUUUCAUAUCAGUGGUGAUUUUUUUCUUUUGGACUAUGAGUGGAUUUGGAUCUUUUUAUUGGGACGCGUGGCAUAAGUUGCACCUGGCUCCCGCAGCGGCCAGCAGGAGCGAUGAAGAUGAUGAUAACACCAUGGCGAGCCCCAGCCAAGACAUGGAACUGAUCUACGACUCCGUUCACUCCUUAUUAGAACCACCAUCGCCGGCGUACACAAACGUCACUGUCCGGCGAGCGUUCAUCGUGUGGAUGUACUGUGGCCAGAAGAAUAACUUUCAGCGAGUGUGCGAUUAUUAUCACUAUCUUGAAGCUAUGGAAGAUACAUUGUCGCCAGAAGAGAGAGCUCUGAGCCGCCAUCACGAAUUCAACAUGUUCUCCAACCAUCCACCCACAUCCAGAUUCCUCAACGAUUACUUCCCAAAGCUGUACUCCCAUCGCGUAGAACCUUCCCACAUCGAGAAGCUGGAGGCAAUUAAAAACGAGCAAUGUGUGUUCAAAUUGGAAGGCUUCAGCGAAAUCCCGCAACAGAAAGUCGCGACACAAGAAGAAAUAUUACAAACAAGCAAAAUAGUGAGAAGGUAUUGCAAAACCAAAAUGAUUCCUUUAAAGAAAUUCUUUGACGAAUUCAAACAGUUCGCGACGAGAUGCGAACUGAGUCACACUGUUAAUAACGUAGCUUAUUAUAUACAAAGGAAAGGUAUACGAGCUGAAUUGUAUAUUGUUAAUAAUAUGCCAAAGACUUUUAGCUUUUUGGAUACUUCUACUAUUAUUGAAGAUGUAGUUACUCCUAUUGUACCGAAACCUAAAGUAAGUAAGGUCGGUCACGUUAUUGGAGCUAAAGACGUUAAGUUAAAUCCUACUUGCGCAGCGUUUUUCAAUUCUUUCAACAAGAAAUAUUUAGAGAAUAAAAGUGUGCCUGCCUCACCAUUGAUCGAUCCGGAUAGUUUCUACAAUGUAAGUCGUGAUAAAAUGAAGUCACGCUCCGUUGAAAGUCUACUUUCCAAGAAUUUUAAUGUGAAAUCCGAAGACAGUUCGAAUUCAUUUUUGAAUUUCGACGAAUUCACGAAGAUCAGAAGAAUAUGAUAAUUUUAAUAAUUUUGAAUCGUGUGUGAUCAUUAUCAAUCAAUUGAUAUAAUUAUUAUAUAGAUAUUUGACUAUUGUAUGUUGCCACGAUGAUUGUUUAUUUAAUACAUGAUAAUGUUUGAAUGAAGAAUAUUUUAAAACUAUUGACAUUGAACUUAUAAAAUAAAUAUGAUUUAAAUUAAA